AUGCCGGAAGGGCACCGCCGUGUGGCGUCGCGGCGUGCCGAGGUGCGUGCGCUGGAGGAUGUGCUUGCGUGCAUCAAGGCGGGACGCCGAAUCCAGCGGACGGAUAUUGCGUCGCUCAUUGUGCACAUGAACGCGUCGUCGAUCGCGCGGGCGAUGUCGCUGUACACGAGUCGCUCGACGGCGCCGACGGACGCCGGCGUCGGGUGGCGUACGCACAGUGGGCCGCCCGAUGCGCAGCGCACUCGCACGGCCAAGCUGGUUGUGAAUGCGGUGCUGAGUGCGCUGCAAAGCAGGCGCGCAUCGCCUCAGGAUAUCGUGCCGUGGGUGGACGCGUUUCGUCUGGCGAUGGGCACGCUCGUGGCGUGCGGCACUGCUGCGACGGAGCUUGCGCCUGUGGCGCUCUCGGUGAUUCGGCGCCUGGCGGAUGCGCACAUGCCCGAUCAUGCGCUGACGGAGCUCGUGGCGUUGCGCGCGUGUGUGCAGGCGACGUGGUCCUACGAUGCGAGUGUGCAUGAGCCUGGCGCCGCUGCUCGUCGUCUGCGGGCGUCGCUGACAUAUACAUGCACGGAGGUGUCUGCCGCUGACGUAUCCAUCGUCCUGGAUGCGUAUGCGUGCGCCUUGUACGUGGCGCCCAGCGUGCUCGACACGCCGACGCCGCUGUGGGAGGCAUGGACGUCUGUGCAGGCGUGGUCGCAGCACGCGCGGGCCGUGCGGCUGGAUGCCGCCUGCGAUCGUGUGGCUUUUAUGGCCGAGCGUGCGGUGGCGCAGCUCGCGCCGCCUACGAGUGUGGACGCGCUGUCGUUGCGCAUGUCGUCGCUGCAGCUGCUCAUGCCCGUGGCCGACGUGGACGCGGAGGCGCUGUGGGAUCGCGCUGCGGCGCUGGUCACGCAGCGUGGGAUCGAUGCGUCGCAUGACGCGCUCGCGCAGAUGCACGAGGCUGCGAAGCAGUACCAUCGCGCGCAUGGCCCGGCGUUUGAGCGCGUCAUGGCGUGGUGCGCUCGCGCUGCGCACGCCGCCGAGGCGGUGAGCGCGCCAUUGAACUCGCCUGCGCCCUCGUGGUCCGCGUGCUUGGAAGCGCUGGCCACGCGCACGCCCGGCCCGAUACCCACCACGAGCGCGCCGCGCGAUAUGGUGCCGCUCGUGACGCCGCACAUCCGCGCCAUGCUGCGUGCGUCGUCUGUGCCGGCGACGCUCUAUGCGCUGCGUGUGCUGCGGCGCGUCGACUGCGAAGCGACGUGCCGCGAGGGCGUGCGCGCCGCGUGUGCGCUCGCCCAGCGCGUGUUCCGCGAGCGCGACGUCUCGUCGCUGGACACGUGCAUCGAGGCGUUCGCGUGCGUCCAGCACGCGCCGCCCUCGGCGCAGCGCACGUUGUCUGCGCACCUGUUCCACUAUGGCAGUCGGCUGUACGCGGACAAGGCGUAUGCGCAAGCCGCGCGCUUCGUCGAGAUGGCGUGUGCGUGCCUCGCGCACGCGCACGACGAGGCGUCCCGCCUGACGCUCGUGCGGCAGUACCAUGUGCUGGCGGGCGCCUACCAGCACAUGUCGCAGUUCCGAGGCGCGUACGAUGCGUAUGUGGCCGGCCUGCGCCAUGCGAAGCCUACGGACGACGCCCUCGAGCUCGUGCGCCGCGUCGUGCGUGGCGCGCACCACGUCUCGGUGUUUGCGCUGCUCGAUCCACACAGGCUGCUUGCCGAGCUCGAGGCGUGGCCUGCCGCGCCGCGCGUAGCGCUGCAUGCGUAUCUGCUAGACGAGCUCUUGCCGAUGCUGCAGCGCGACGGCGCUCAGCGUGCGUACGAGGCGGUGUGUGCGGCGUCGCUGCCGCUGCUAUCGCAUGCGGAGCCGUCCGUGCAGCUGCACAUCCUGCUGCGCCACGCGGAGCUGCUCCUCCUGCAGCGCGCCGACGUGGACUGGGCGCCGAUCGAGCAGCGUCUGCGAGGCGCGCCUGCGGACCUCGUGAGCACGUACCACAUGCUCGCGGCCUUGCAUGCCAUCCACGCGCACGCGUACGACGAGGCUGUGUCGCAUGUGCGCCGGGCGCAGCCGGCGCCUGACGCGCCGCGUCCGCGCGCGAGGCGCGCGGGCGCUACGAUACCCGCCCCCACGCCCGCAACGCCGCCGCCGCCGGGAGGGGAGCUGCGCGAGCCGAGUCCGUCGCGCGCGGCGUCGUCGCUCAUGCUCCUCGUCGCCGAUGCGUUCUUGCACGCCGGUCAGCUGCUGCCGUGUCUCGCGACACUGCGCCACGCUCGUGAGCCCGUGCGCCUCGCGGAAGUGCUUGUGUCGCUCGAUGCCGCCGACGCUGCGAUGGACGCGCUGCACGGCCACGAAACGUCGUCGGCGCGCGCUCGUCUCGUGCACGCGCACAUCGAGGCUGUGCGUGGACACGCGGCGCGCGCGGCCAGCUUGUAUGAUGCGGCGAUCGACGCCGCGGACGCGCCGCUGCCGGAGGCCCCGGCAUGGGAGCGCGUCGGCGACAAGGCCGCGCUGUGGGACAUGCAGGCGUAUGCCGCCGACGUGUAUGCCGCCGUCAGCAUGGCGCACGGCGACAUGCCAGAGGCGCUGCAGGGCGCCUUGCACGCUCUGCGCACGCGCCUCCGACUCGCGAUGCUGCUGGCGCAGACGGCCGCGCCGCCGCCGCAAGACGAUGACGACGACGUGUUUUCGGCGCCGUCGACGUCGACGUCGACGCCCUCGGCGCGCCCGCCGGCCGGCCGCCUGAUGGCGCGGCGCAUGGCCGGCCUGCUGUGGCGCACGGCGUACGCGCUGUGUGCGUCGUACGAGCGCCUAUCGCGGCUGUAUGCCCGGCGCGGAGCCGUGCGCGAUGCAGAGGCCCUGGCGAAGGAGUGCGUCGACAUGGCGCGCGGCACGUCGCCGGGCCUGCUCGCCGGCGCACAGGCGUGGCACGCCGAAUGGGCCGCGUCGUGCGGCGACACGGCGCAGGCCGCGCAGCUCGCAGCCGACGUGGCGGAUCAUCCGCACGCCGCGUUCGUGCUCGACACCCUCGCGGGCGACGGCGCCUUUGAUCGCACGGCCGCAUGCCUCGACCGUCUGCAGCGCGAGGCGGGCGUGCGCCUCCUGCGUGCGCUGCACGAGCGCCUCGUUUGUGCGCGUGCCAUGCUGGCACACGAUCCCGCGAUGGUUACGGGCCUCGAUGCCGCGCCCGCGCUCGCCGUCUAUGCGCAGCUGCGCCUCGCCGAGGCGCGCGCGGCGCUACAGAGCGAUCCCGUGUACGGCAUGCUCCCGGACAUGGCGCGCUGCCUGCCGCAGCCCGCGAUGACGAAGCGCGCGACGCAUCGACACGUGCAUGCGCUGCUCACCGACGCGCACACGGCCGGCGCGCGCGUCAUGGCCGACGCGUCCGCCGACGUCGCGACGAUGCGCACGGCGCUUGCGUGCGUGCGCGAUGCCGUCGUGCUCGCCGCGUCGAUCGGCCGGCCUUUGCGCGACGACUCGGCCGCGUACGCCUGUGCGCUGACGCACGCGGCCGUGUCCGUCUCGGUGCGCCGCGCGUGUGCGGAUGCAGCGACGCGCCGCGCGGCCCGACCGGCGGCGCGCUGGCUGCGCCGUGCCGAUGCGCCGCCGCCGUGCAGCGAGGUCGUCGCGCCUCCCGCACCGCCCCUGGAUGCGCAUACGGCCGCGCUCGUCGUGUCGCUCUCGAGCGAUGAGCGCGAGCUGAUCGUAGCGCGCUACGGCGAUGCGUACGAGCCGAGCGUGCACCUGCUGCCGCUGCAUCGCCAGAGCCGGCGCGAUGCCGACGACGACGACGAGGCGGUGUUGUCCGUCGAGGCCGUCAUGACCGAGCUGCGCCGCCUCGUGCACGACUCGAACGUCGGCGUCCAAGGCGCGAAAGACGUGACGGCGCUCGACGCACGCAAGGCGUGGUGGUCGCACCGCCGCGCCCUGGACGCCGAGCUGUGUGCGCUGCUGACGCAGGUGCAGGACGCAUGGUUCAGCGGCUUGCAGGGCCUCCUGGCGCCGCUGCCGCGGCAGCACACGCUCCCAGGUCUGCACCGCCGCCUCGAAGCGAUUGUGCGCCGCGCAUGCCCCGCGCGCACACGCACGCCGAUCGCGCUGCCGGACAUGGCCGUGGCUACGCUCGCCGCGAUGCCGGCGACGUACCGCGACGACGACCUCGAGGACUGGCUGCACUAUGCGCUCGACACACUCCAGCUCAGUGGCGUGCCUGUCGCGCAAGACGAAGUCGACCUCGACGAGCUGUGUGUCGAUGUGCGCAGCGCGCUCGACGAGUACCAUGCAAAGCAGGCCGCGCCGCACCCGCACCACACCUACCUCGUCCUCGACCGCCACCUCUGCGAGCUGCCAUGGGAGUCGCUGCCGAUCCUGCGCAGCCAGUCUGUGACGCGCCUCACGGCCCUCGAUGCAUGCCCCACGGCGCCGCUCGAGCUGCGCGCCUGUAGCACGGCCUAUCUCCUGAACCCCAGCGGCGACCUGACGCGCAGCGAAGAUCGCUUCGCCCCCGCCCUCCGUGCGCAUCCGUCGUGGCACGGCACGAUCGGACACGCGCCGCUCCCGCACCAGGUCGCACAGGAUCUCGCGUCGCACGAUACGUUCCUGUACUUCGGGCAUUCCGGCGCCGAAAUGUACGUCCACCCCGCGCGGCUUCGUGAGCUCGAACGCUGUGCGGCCACGAUGCUAUGGGGCUGCUCGAGUGGCGCCUUGGAAGUGCAUGGCGUCUACGAUCCUAUCGGCACGCCGUACCAGUACGCCGUCGCACAGUGUCCCGCGCUUCUCGCAGCGCUGUGGGACACAACCGAUCGCGAGCUCGACGGCGUAUGCGAGGCCGUCCUCGAGUACGUCGGUCUCUUUUCCACCAACGAUCCGCACACGCGCAUGUCACUGCCCGAGGCCCUCGUCGCCGCGCGCUCCCAGUGCAAGCUGCCGUACCUCACAGGCGCCGCCUGUGUCGUGUACGGCGCCCCCGUAGUCUGGUCCAGUUAG